CGCGCGCGAGGUUGACUGCAGUCAGUGAGCGCGCAUGCUCGAGCGGUGUUUGACUGAGGUAAAGAGAGGGAGUAGGAUUUCAUAUCGGAAUAAAUUUAAAUUGGACUCGAAUUAAAGGCGAUGGACUUUUCAGAACAAACCGGCAUCAGACGUUUCGAGAGAGAGGAAUGCUACCAUUACCUCGCUAACUUUCCUCAAAGACAAGAGUCAGGAUGCCGCAGAGAGGUGAAUGUUUUGGUUAUCAGUGAGGUCGCCACCAGAUCUGUCUUCAUGAAACUGCGACGAUCCUCAGUCCUUAAAGGGCCACAGCAAAAUGUCAAGGGCUUCCAGGCAUCAAAGAGCAACACAGUUUCAAAGCAUGGAUCCUCUGGGAUGAACGCUGGUUCCACCUGCUCUGAGAUCAGCUCUGUGGUAUUAAGUGACACUGACUGUAGCCAGUCGGAUGGGAAUGUUUUUGACCUAACUGUUGUGAGGGAUAUUAAAGAGCCACCAAAGAGAAGUAGAGGUGGGACACCAAACCAGUUAAUUGAAGAAGAGAUGCCAAAGUUUAUAAAAUCUCAAGCAGACUCGUCCCGAACGGUUCAGAAGAUCUCCCUGGCUCCAGCAGGAAUGGCUGAAGACACUUUAGGACAAGUCAGAUUGAUGAGUAAGGGCCCUUAUGAAUUUGAAGGAGAAAGCGUUGAAGAAUGUGGAUCAUCUGCAUUGGAUAUAUCCAGCUCUGAAUUUUUGGUGAAAUCGGGUCCCAGCUCCCCUAAUCUCACUGUUAAUACGGCAAGAUGCAGAGAAUGUGAGAGCCUUUUUGGCAAAAUGAGAAGACAGCCACCGUCUAAAAUGAAAAACAGAGACAAGAAUCCAGCAUCAUUAUCUUGUGACCAGUGGAUACUUCUUAAAGAGUGGCAUCCUCAGAAAGCUCGCCAUAGGAAGAAGGGAUUGUUGUGGACCAGCCUGAUUCAGAUCAGAAAGCUGGCAUUACAAGGCUCUGUUUUUAAGGCCAGAAGUCAGACUGUCUGCUCCAGACCUCAUGUGUUUCAGCAGCGGAAUUUGCGUCGUUGCAAGUAUCUGGCCUCCAUUCAGACAGACCUGUCCUUGACCAAAGCAAAGCUCCAGCAUCGUAAGAGACGGCGACCUGUGGCCUGGCCGCCCGUCGGUGGAUACAAACCGGUUAAAAGGAAGUCUUCCAUGAACAACACUUUAUCCCAGCAGCUCUUAUCACCCGAACUCACCAUCAGCAAAACACAGAAAAGUAAACCACAACUUGUUGAGUUGUCAGUAUUAAGCGCAAGUUCCAAAAUGAACUCUCAUCCCUUCUCCAAACAGAAGAGGAAUAAUGUUCAGGACAAGCAGGAAGCGUGCGAUGGCGUAGAGGGAACACGACGCGUGCUGAAGUUUGAUGACACGCCUGAAGUUGUUGCCGUGGAAACUGCCGAAAAGAAUCAGGACCCUCGGCGACGGCUAAAAAGUGGAAGGAUUUGUGAAUCCCAGAAUGGUGUCGAGACCAAGGAGUCGAAUUGCCCGCAGGAGGAGUUUUUUGAAGAUUCUGAUGAUUUUAAGACACCGACAGAUCUGUUCAGCGUGAAACCUGUGAUUGAAAGAGGGUGCCAACAAAAAGUCCCAGCCUCUGGUGAUACUAAACAUACUCUACAGACAGCAAACUUCAGGUCCAUGUUAGCCACCAUGGCGAAGAAUCAGAACAAGAUUAUUAAAGAAACUGUUCAGUGAUUUUUUUUUUUACUAUGGAUUUCUUUAAUUGUUAGUGGCCCGAUUUUUUUUUUUAGGAGCGUGUUCUGUUUCACUUCUGUUAAAAAAGAUAGAUGUUGACUUUAUAGCUAAUAUUUAUUGUACUUUUACAAUAUUUGUGUUUUGCAAUUGGAUUAGAAUCUGUAAAGAAUAAAUUGUUCAUUGACACAGAA